AUGGUCUCAACAUCGACAAAAGCGGUUACAACAAACAUUCUUUUAUACGAUUUGCGUCCUUCAACAAAUGUUUCACUCGAUGAUAUAUAUGAAUAUGCUCAUCUGCUAGGUGCACUAAGUGGACUCGCAAACAGAGAUAGGCCUAGAUUUUUUACAAUUUACAGUGAUUCAGAUCUACGUUGGCUAUUUUACAUGGUUUCAGUUAAUUGGCCACAAGAUGCUAAUUACAUCGUAGUAGCGUCACUCGUUGACCUCAUUAGGCUCUUAACCGAUGAUAUAAAGGGUGUUGCACUUUAUGAUCCUAGUGUUCCAGCAACUUCAAAUCUUGCAUCCACUGCAUCGGGUGUUUACGAUCUAAUACCAAUUUGCUAUAAACCUAUCCCUAAUUCUUUGUAUACUCAACUUGUUGUGGGAGGUCCACAGUUGACCAUCAAAAUAAGCUUUGUCGAUAUGUUCACGGGAAACGUUACCGGUAGCGCUAAAGCUGAUGCAUACUUGUGGGCAGCUGAGCAUUUUCUGGACAGUAAACUUGCAGAUGCUACUUAUCUUGGUUAUUACAUUGACAAGUGGUGGUCUCAAUCUGCUCAGGCGUCACAAGCUCCUUUCGAAAAUUUGGCAGUUAACCAUGACUGGAUCAUCAAAAACCGUGGAUUUGUAUUUGAUUUAUCGCCUUGGGAUGAUCAAGCACCGAAUGACGAUCCUCAACAACCUAUUGGAGCAGAUUACAAUACACUCAUUACGUUAUUACGAAAAUCAUAUCAGCAACACAAUGGAACGAAGUUUAGCACUGUAAGUGGAUUUGUACCGUGGCUCUUUAAAUAUGUGAAUGAAAAGCACGGUGGUGUACCAUCUGAGUGGCGUAUGACUCACAUCAUGUCUGCAUUUAAUGUUGUAAUAGAUGCUGAUGCUUGUUGUGUGGAUUAUUUCGCCAAUGCUGCUUUCUUUAGUCAUUAUUCAUUGACUCAAGGUCAGAAACGGUUUGUUCAAAAUCCUUUACCAUCUCGUGAACAACUUAUUCAGCAAGGGUUUUUAAACGAACAAAACAUAGUAUCCCAGAAAACAUACUGUCUAUAUUAUGCAGGCGAUUAUGACUCAGCGGCAUGGUUUGCUAAUAAGUUCAAAAACCUCUGGGAUGAUCCCAAACGAGGAUCUGUGCCUGUUGCAUGGGCAGUCAAUCCUAAUCUGUACGACCGCUUUCCAUUAUUACACCCUUAUUUGUACCAAACUCGUACUGUUAAUGAUUUCUUUGUCAGUGGAGAUUCGGGUUCUGGCUACUUAAACCCCACCCAAUUAUUUGAGCCAAGAAAAUUUUCUAGUUUGCCUCGUGCUGAUGAUCUAUGGAUUGAAAGAAAUCGAUUCUUUUAUAACAAAUUCAACAUCAAACACACGGGAUUCGUCAUUAAUGGUGAUGCUGGUAUGCUAACUAACAAUUCUGACUUGAUGUAUACUAAAUUUAGUCCACUUGGAUUUACACGCCAACAAGGCUAUACAACACUUGAGGAAACGGCGCUAAUACCUGGUACAAGAGUACCUAGUUUCACUGAAACGGAUCUGUCGGACAAAGACGAAGUAAAGCAAAUACUCUCAUACUAUAAACCCAAUGAUGUAAGAUUCGUAGUCUUUCGAGGUAUUCUGCGUAGUGCAUCCAACUAUGCAGAUAUUGCUGAAAAAGUUCAGCAAAUACAACCUAAUAUUACCUUCGUUGAUCCAUAUACAUUUGCGUUACUUGCAAGAAUUCAUCUUAGUGGAGAUACUGCAAGUAAUGAUGACCUUGUUUCUUAUGUUGACGAUAAUCUUCCGACAUUGGUCAGCGAAGGGGAUAUUAUCAAGGUCAAUUUCUCCAUUCGAAAUGAAGGUUGGAAUACGUUGAAUGGUCUCCAUUUGAAACUUAUAUUUGCUUGUGAUAUUGAGUAUAUAUUUAGUUGGAGCACCGAAAUCAAACACGGUGAUAUUGGAACGUCUUCUUAUCAAUUUCAAGUUGAGUGUGAUCAACCUGGAGAGUAUAAGGUGAAAUAUCAGCUUUUUAGAGGUAAUACAUCAUUUGAAGAGUUUGGAAAUGUACCAUGGACUAGUUCGGUGCAGUUGCUUUAA